AUGAAGCAAAAUGGUUUGAGGAUGAGCACGCAAACUCCAAGGCAGCACCAUAACAUCAAGAGUUACGUCGAUAAGCUCUUGAGCAGCGAGCAGUCAUCGGACAAGGUGAAGAAGGUCUUGUCGAGCAUGAUGUGGGAUGAGAAGUUGGUGUCGAGGCUUAUCGUUGAGAUCGGGAGGAAGCACAAGAAGAUGAUGGUUGCAGAUGUUCUUCGAUGGAUGAGAGAAGAAAGCGAAAGGAGAAAGAUAAAACUCUCCUCCCUCCCUUUCAAUGCUUGCAUCCGAGCCCUAGAGAGGAUGGGGGAUUGGAGAGAAGCAGUUGCGAUCCUCAACAUCAUGGAGAAGGAUGGAGUGGAGCCGGACAUUGUCUCAUACAACACCGUGUUAUCUGCUCUCCGCCACAGCCCAGAUAUUCAGAAUGUCUUCGUGAUGCUAAAGCGAAUGAGAGAGAAGGUCUCACCCGACAUUGUCUCCUUCAACACAGCCCUCGCUGCCUGUCAGCGGCAGUGCGACUGGGAGAGUGGAGUUGCGAUCUUAGAGAUGAUGAGCGAAGAUCAGAUUGAGCGAGAUGUUUUUACCUUCUCCACCUUAAUCUCCCUCUGCGAUCGCUGUGGCAAGUACGAUGAAGCUUUUGCACUGAAGGAGGAGAUGGACGCCAAGAACGUCUCGCCCAACAUCUACACCUUCAACGCUCUCAUCGCUGUUUGCAAGAACUCACUCGCAACCUCUCUGAUGUCUCGCAAGCGGCAGAACACCUUGACUAUUGCCCAGAUUCUCUUUGCAGAGGCAAAGGCGGCCGGGCUGAGGCCGGACAUUGUGACCUACAAUUCUCUGCUGGGUGUGUACAUGGAGAUGGGCAAGUGGAAGGAAAGUUACGACAUCUUGUUCGAGAUAGAAGACCAACACGUGAUCACAGAUGUGAUUACCUACUCGACGCUCAUCAGUACUUUCGCCAAGACAAGAAAGUACAGCCUUGCAAUUGAGAUGUACGAGAAGAUGAUGGAAAGACAAGUCAUGCCCAACGUGAUCACUUACAACUCGCUGAUCUUUGCAUGCCUGCGAGCCAACAACUUCUCUCAAGCUUUCGCUUUCUUUGACGACAUGCAGGCCCAGGGCAUCAGUCCUAACGUGGUAACAUACAGCACGAUGAUUGCAAGCUGCAGAAGCAAGGACAACUGGGUGACUGCUUUUGAUCUCUUCCUCGAGAUGAUCCGCAAAGAGAUCCCUCCUGACCCCAUGACCUUCUCCGCUCUCCUUUCUGUGUGCCAGCAUAGCAAGCAGUGGGAGCAGGCUAUGGAUGUGUUGGAGUGGAUGCAAGACGCAGGGAUCCAGCUGAACAUUCGCAUGUACUCAGCAGUCGUACAUGUUUGCGGUCAAGCCGGUCGCCUCGAUGACGCGUUCCGCAUCCUCGACGAGUGCAAGCGAGAUGGAAUCAAGCCGAACGUGAUCAUGUUCACCGCCCUCAUCCACGCCUGCAAGGUUGCAAGAGAUCUCGAUCGCGCCUUUAGGGUGCUCGAAUUGAUGAAGGAAGACCAUGUGACCCCCAACCUUGUCACCUUCAACGUCCUCCUCGGCACAUGCGAGGUCGUCGGGAACUCAACCUGCGCCUUUCAAGUCGUCGGGCUCCUCCAGGAGUAUGGCUUCAGAGCAAACUUACAAACUUUCAACACAUUGAUCAAGACAUGUGUCAGGAGCCACGAGUGGCAGAAAGCGUUCGAGGUCUACAGCCAGAUGCAGCUGCAAAGAAUAAGACCGUCGCUGUCCACUUUCAACGCACUUUCGAUGGCAGCAGAGGAAGGAGGCGAUUGGAGAAGAGCGAUCGAUGUUAUGGUAGACAUGAGGAUCAAAACUGAAAAGAUCUUGAUCAGGAUGGCUGGGCACACCCCAAGCGUGCAAGCUUACAACUCUCUCAUUUCGGCUUGUGUCAAAUCGUCAAACUAUCAGAAAGCUUUUGAUGUCUACAAGGGGAUGAAGACAUCGGGAGUACGAGCGAAUAUUGUUACGUAUAACCUCAUCAUUUCCAUCUUGUCGGGACAGCGAAAACUUAGUGAAGUUCUCAAGGUGAUCAACGAGAUGAAGCAGGAAGAAGUCACCCCCGACUCAGAGACCAUCGCACUCAUGAUUGAUGCUGUGCAAGCACAAUCAUAG